AUGACAAUUGAUUGCGAUAAGGACGAGCAAGGAGGAGACAAAUAUAAUGGUGCUUUGAUUGGUGGGGUGGGAGGGAAAAAACCCCUGUUCCGGCGCGAACUGUGCUGGUUAACGCGGAGAGCCGCUGGUACCCAGGGGUACCCAGCAGAGGGUUUUGCAGCCCGACCAUAUCCAGGCCGCCUUAUCGCUGCCCGUCCUUUCCCAGUUUCUGGCGUUGGAACCGUCCUUACUCACGACAAUACUAUGACUCACACGCCUGCUGGGGUCUCUGGCUAA